AUGUCGCGGAAAAAAACUCUUUUCAUCUACAGUAGACUUGAAAAUAUAUUUGAAGAUGUCUGUGAUUCUAACAAUUCUACUAAAACUAAGUGUUUUAUAACGUCACCGCAACAAAGGUUUAGUGAAGCUUACAAUCAUCAGGAAGACAAAAGAAGUCUAGAUCGUCUUGGAAGUGGUUUAGUCAAAAAAUCAGACUCUAUAGAAGAUGGUUUCAAUAAACGUGGUUUAGAUGUUUUAGGAUCCGGUUUAGUGAAAAAACCCAUUGAUCAACUUGGGUAUGGACUGAUCAAGAAGCGACCAAUUGAUUCUUUGGGAUAUGGUUUAAUAAAGCGACCGGUUGAUUCUUUGGGAUAUGGUUUAAUCAAAAAGCGACCAAUUGAUUCUUUGGGAUAUGGUUUAAUAAAGCGACCGGUUGAUUCUUUGGGAUAUGGUUUAAUCAAAAAGCGACCAAUUGAUUCUUUGGGAUAUGGUUUAAUCAAAAAACGACAAAUGGACCAAUUGGGUUAUGGUUUGAUAAAGCGACCGGUUGAUGAAUUAGGAUUUGGUUUGAUCAAACGACCGGUUGAUGAGCUUGGUUAUGGUUUAAUAAAGAAAAGACCAGUGGAUAGCUUAGGUAUGGGCUUAAUUAAGAAAAGCGACGAGCUUACGGAUGCCGAUGAGCUUGGCUUGUACAACGAAAAACGUAGCAUGGAUCAUAUAGGCUAUGGUCUAAUAAAGAAAGACACCGGCGACAAGAGGUCCUUAGACACCGUUGGCAUGGGACUGGUCAAAAAGUCCAACAUGUUAGGUAUGGCACGACGACGUAUUAUGAAUCUUAGGUACCCGAACAAAGUUUUCCAUAAGAGACCGAUAGAUUCACUUGGUAUGGGUUUAAUCAAGAGAGAUGGUGGUGACAAUGUCAUGAAGAGACCGGUUGAUCCUUUAGGAAUGGGCUUAAUGAAACGUUUCCAACCUAAUAAGAACCGUCUAUUCCACAAGCGACCCAUUGAUGCGCUUGGUAUGGGUUUAAUUAAACGUAAUGAUGCUUUGAAUAAACGACCUGUAGAUUCACUAGGUAUGGGACUUAUCAAACGAAGUGCAGAAUAA